AUGAACUCGAUUGACGGUUUAAAAACCUCAGGCGAUGAUAUGACUGACAUAAAGGGAUUUUUGAAUAAGAAACAAAUGGAUGAUAAUAGUAAGGGUAUUGCUAAAGACAUUGUAAUCUCAUCUCUACCAAUAAAGUGUUCUGUUAGUGUGAAAGUAGAAAAAUGUGAUCAUGAUUCUAUGAAUGAAAAUGGUCCAGUUAAAGAAGUUGUUAAUUAUGGUGGCACAUUCAGCAUGGAUGAAUGUGGUCUUAAUAUAUCUGAACCUGCAGGAAUUGGCACAGAGGAUGUGGGUAAAAAGUAUACAAUAAGAAAAGUUUUAGCAAGAAAUGAAAAGGAAAUAAAAAGUAGAGUAGUGCCUGUAAAGCAGUAUACUAUAACAAGAACUUCGAUAUUAAAAGCUGUUGAGGAGCAAGCAAAAGAGAAUACUAGUUUAGCUGACAAAUACCUAGAUAUAGCUGUUAGGAAUUUUUAUGGUGAAUGUAGAGAUACUCCAAAAACAUUUCAUGAUAAGCUUAUCUAUGAUGUAUUUGAAAGAUGGAAAGAUUGGUAUGAGACACAUCCUGAGUUUAGAGGUUCACCUUUGUUGUACAUGUGUUAUAUUUGCAAAAUAGGCUGGUGGAGACUGCACCCAUUUAGAGAACAUAUGAAGAGCCAUGGUGAAAAUACAUUUAAAAUCAGAACUUUACCAAGAGAUCAAGAGUUUUACAUGGAAGCAUUUUCUAACCGGGUGCUUAGACCUAUAGAUAUAAACAUUAUUUCUAAUUGUUUGAAAUGUGGUAAACCGGACAAAUAUCAUAACUUCAGACGUCGAACGGCAAAAUAUAAGUGUAAAGGUUGCGAUGCUGUAUUUUUUACAUGCAAUAAACUCGAUGAACAUGAGGGUAUGUGCAUGUUAUAUAUGAAAAUGAAAUGUGACAAAUUAGGAGUAGAGAUGACAAGUGAUUUCAAAACAUGUCCAGUGUGUUUCCGAUACUGUCUAACUCAAAUGGAACUUGACACCCAUAUGACUGACCGACACUCAGUACAUUCAGAUGAUCCAAUUUUAAUGCAAGCAAAGUUAUGCAGUGCUUGCAAUACAAAGUAUCAUAUUUACAAAUUCCAUGACUGCCCGGGAAGAUAUAAAAAUAUAAAGUGCGAAUUUUGCUUUAGGAAAUUCACUACCAUGUCGUUGCAGUACAUGCACAUAAUAUUCUCUAAGAGACUUGUUAAGUGUACAGUUUGUGACAAGUCCAUGUAUCAGUGUAUGCUUCUGGAGCAUAUGUUGCAUCACUCUAAGAAUUACAUGCUUGUGCCCUGGUGUAGUAAAUGUAAAAACAAUUUAUUACACAUUAUAAACUCUUUUUACGAAAAUCAUAUUAUGAAGAGCCAUGGGAGAUGGGUGGAUAGAAAGAAAUGGGGUGCAAAGAUGUUAGUACCUAUGAAAUGCAUUACUGGAGAGAUUGUUCACUCGGAAACAGUUCUUAAUAUUCCUGAGAAAGACUUAGAACUUUUUAUGAGUGGAUUGGAAGACGAUGGAAGUAAUUCCGAAGAAGUCGAUGACGACAUUAUAAUCUUAGAUGAUGGUGGGCCUAUGCCAGUUUUGCCAAAUGAAAGUAAAAAAUGCGAUAUAAAUACACUGCAAGAACAAUUAGAUGCAGAAGUACAAAAGUAUGUUGAAAUGGAUGCAGCCAUAUCUAAAGUUUUCAAAACAUCCAAUUGCUAUCGGAGGUUCACGGAAAAGGAAACAGAACAACCUUUGGAGGAUAAUAUGUAUGAUGAUAAUGAUGAUGAUGACCUUAUUCUUCUUAACAACUCUGAUGAAGUAACAAUAAUAUCAGAUUCUGAUGACGAAAACGAGAAUGAGAACUCUAAAGAAUUUGUAGAAGACAAUGUUAAAAUUAUAAAUUCUAUAGAAAGAAAAGAAUCUAAUACAAAUUUAAAUACGAAAGUGAAGGAAGAACCGAACGAUGAAGCAAAUAUUUCAUGUCGGAAAGAUGGUACAAUAGAAGCACAUCCAGAGCAUAACACAAAAGUUGACAAUUUAAUUGCAAAAGAUAAUUCUGUAAUAGAAAGUUAUAAUGUGGUGAAAGAGUCUCAUUCAGGUCAAUCAAGUAUUGUCAAAGGAAGAAAGGAAGAUAAAAGUACAUGUGCGCAAAACGAAGCUUGUAAUACGGAUUUCAGAACUGGCAUGAAAGAGAAACUAAAACAUGACAAUUUAAGGUCGUGUCUGGGUAAUGGCACAAAUGCGUCAUACCUACAAGACAAAUAUUGCAGUUUGAGGCAUAGUAUAGAAGUAAAAGUAGAACCAGGAGACGUUUCAUGUCUACAAGAUACAGAAUUAAAUUUACAUCAUAGUACUGAUAUGAAAGAAGAACGAGAAGACGAAAUAAUUAUGUCACAUUCAAGUGUAGAUUCAAAUGCAUCAUAUCCACAAGACGUAGAAUUUAAUUUGAAUCAUACAACUGAAGUAAAGGUAGAGGCAAUAGAUGAUAUAGUUAUGUUUCAUUCAGGUGAUGAAACUGCGUUAUGUCCACAAGAGGUACAUUAUGACAAGGUUAAUAAAAUCGGGAUGAAAGGUCUAUUAUGUGAUGCGGCAUUAUCGUGUGGCGAAAAUAAGCGGCUAGCAAAGAAGAAACGUAACGAAAACUUAAAAAAUUAUACUGUUACAGGAGUAUCAGAUAAGGGGGAUGCGGGAGAACCUAUUAAAGAGAAACAUGAUAUAUCUAUUUUAAACCUUGAAAUCUUCUAUGCAUGUAAAAAGUGUCCGUUUCGGGGGUGCUACAAUGAAUAUAUUGAACACAUAACUUCGAGUUGCGUUGCUAUGUCUUUUUGUUGUUCAACUUGUACUAUAGUGUUUUCGACUUUAAAACUUUACGUGCACCAUUUAACACGGCAUAAUUACAAAUUUUUAACAUGUCCCACUUGUAAACAGCAGUUUAACGAGGACUCGAGGUUGUGCUCACAUAUAAUUUCACACUUAAAAAACUUCUACAUGAAGUCGCAAGAUGUACAAAACAUGGAUCUAUCACCUUCACAAAAGAACGAUAUCCUUCAGUGUAUUGAAUGCAAGAAAAUUAUUAAAUCAGAACAAAUCUUCAUUCAUUGGGACUUGCAUUUGAAAAUGAAAAAUGAUAAGAGAAAAGCAGAUCAUAAUAAGGAUAGUGAUGAUGAAGCGGAAAUGAACUCCAAACUUACAAAAGAACUCUUAGAUAUACUCUUAAUAAAGAAAACAAUUAAUAUGCCCAGAAAAUGCAUUGUCUGUAACAAAACCUUUCCUAGACCAAGAGAUUGCAAGCGGCAUUUUAUCAUGCACCUUCUCUUCCAAGCGUUAAGAUCUAAAGUAAAAAACAACAACCAGUUACUGUGCCAGCUCUGCGGCGCUGACCAGAACAGUCCAGCUAAAUAUAAGGAGCACAUGAGGGAGCAUGCUUCCAUGGCCAUAUAUAAAUGCCGAAUUUGCGCCAAAACCUUCAAUGACAACAGCAACUAUUCCAAACACAUGAAAGUGCACAAUCUGUGUUCAUUUAUCUGUGACAAGUGUGGUGCAAAAUUUCUCGUGAAGAAGUGCCUAAUUGACCAUUUGCAAAAACACGAAGCACGCCCGCCCGCCACUUGCCUACAGUGUGACAUGUCAUUUUUUACCGAAGCAAAGUUGAAAAGACACUUAAAAUACAAACACAUGCGCGAUUGCAGGUAUUUUGCAUGUAUGAUAUGCAAGAAGAGGUUAGGGAGCUUGAAGGAGAAAUGGGACCACAUGUGGCUGGAACACCAAGAGAGGAACAUCGAAGCGGACUGCUCUAUAUGCAACAUGAAAUUCAGAAAAAUCAGUGACCUUAAGCAGCACUUAAUGGAGCAUGAAGCACGCCCGCCCGCCACUUGCCUACACUGUGACAUGUCAUUUUCUACCGAAGCAAAGUUGAAAACACACUUAAAAUCAAGACACAAUCGGAAUUAUGCAUGUAUAAUAUGCAAGAAGAGGUUCGGGAGCUACAAGGACAAAUGGGACCACAUGUGGCUGGAACACCAAGAGAGGAAGACGGUAGCAGAUUGCUCUUUAUGCAACAUGAAGUUCAGAAAAACCAGUGACCUCCAGCAGCACUUAAUGGAGAUGCACGAAGCACGCCCGCCCACCUCUUGCCUACAGUGUGACAUGUCAUUUUCUACCGCAGCAAAUUUGAAAAGACACUUAAAAUACAAACACAUGCGCGAGUAUUUUGCAUGUUUGAUAUGCGAGAAGAGGUUCGGUAGCUACAAGGACAAACGGGACCACAUGUGGCUGGAACACCAAGAGAGGAAGACCGUAGCAGAUUGCUCUUUAUGCAACAUGAAGUUCAGAAAAACCAGCGACCUCAAGCAGCACACAAGGGCGCACACAUUUGCUACACUUAAGCCGUAA